AGAAUAAUUAUUUCAUUAUUUAAAGUUUAUUCAGUUUUAAGCGGAAAUAUAAGCCAACACAUCUUGCAAAAUAUGUGGCAGAAAUUAAUACGACUUGUAGUUUUUCUUUUUACUUUAAUGCAUUUCUCCCAUGAGAAAAAUUUUGAUGUAAAGCAUUAUCUCUACGAAAAUGGUUAUUUGAAAUCUUCUGUUGUUGACCCAAAAGUUUUAAAAUCUGCAAUAGAAAAAUUCCAGGAAAAUUACUGCUUAACCGUAACUGGGAACAUAACUGAAGAGUUGAUAAAGAAACUAUCGUCUUCUCGUUGUGGCCUACCUUCAAACCUUCGCAUAACUUAUGAUAAUUAUCAAGAAUCGGUAAUUAGAGACACAUUUGAGAAAUAUAUUACAGAAUGGACAGAUAAAAUUAACCUUAAAAUUACCGAAUCGAAGUCCAACAAAGCUGACAUUGAAAUUUAUUUUACAAAACAGGAUGGACAUCUAAAAAACCUUGGUUAUGCUUACUUUCCGACCGAUGGUGACAUAUUUUUUGAUCAAGAUGAAGAAUGGAUCGACUUUAGGGAAUACAGUCAUCGAAUUAAUUUUGGUUGGGUUGUAGGUCACGAAUUGGGUCAUGCUUUGGGUUUGACUCAUGAUAAUGAUUCCUGCGAAAGCAUCAUGAGCACAAUUUAUGACAGUGACAUUGUCAGACCAUCAAGCGAAGACCUUGACAAAUUGAAAUACCUAUAUGGCGCGGCAGAAUUAAAUACUAGUCUUCUCUGUCAACCAAAACCAAUAGAUGCAGUUUUGAAAACUAAGGACAUUAUUCUUAUUAAAGGAAAGAAGUACUGGACAGUUUGCAACAACACUGUUCAAGCUGGACCAUUUUCUCUAGAACUAGAAUAUGCAGAAUUACCUGAUCAAAUUGAUGCUGCUUUUUCGGUGAAGAAUGCUGUUUAUUUCUUCAAAAAUAAUGUCUUUUUUAAAUUUAUUAAAAGAAAAAACAAUUUUGUGAAAAAACUCAUUUCGGUUGGUUUUGAAAAAGUACCAGAUAAUAUUGAUGCUGCAUUUUUUGACUCAAAUGACAACUAUAUUUAUUUUUUUAAAGGGUCAAAGUAUUAUAUCUUUGAUGUUUACAAAGAAAUAGGUAAACGACUCAUAACAAAAAACAAAGAGAUUUCAAACGAUUGGCCAAUCCCUGACAAUAUUGAAGCUGCGACUUUAUUGGAUAAUUCAAAAGUAUUAUUUAUUAAAAAUUUUACUUGCUAUACUGUAGAUUUAGCAACAAAAGAGCUCGCAAGUAAGCAAAGCUGUGCCCAUUUUUAUAAAUGUUGAUAAAACACAAAAGACAAAAAAUUACUAUGUUUUUGGAUGGAUAAAAUACAACGAGUACAGUUA